AUGAGAACCCACAAGAACAAAACUAUGGCUGGAAUAGAGUUAUGUUCUGCACCGAGUACUCAGAGUCUUGGAGUGCACUCCACUACCUUCCGAAGGGGUCGAAAGAGAGUGGAAGUAUGUUUGCUGAGUAUGUGUGGAAUACUUCUUUUGAUAUGCACUGUGUUAGCGGUAUUAUUUGCUGUGGAACUUUCCAAACGCAAUCAAUAUGACGCAAAGACAAAUGGUCCUGUAGAUGGUCGGACUGUACCAACAACAUCAGUGCCACUUCCUACUACUGAAAGCCUAGCACCGACAAGGGUGUGUAACACUGCUGACUGUCUGGAGAUUGCAGCCCGCUUCACACGGAACAUGAACAAUUCUGUCGACCCAUGUCAGGACUUUUUCCAUUUUGCUUGCGGUGGAUGGAUACAGAACAACCCAAUUCCUCCGUACAAGAACGAGUAUAUUACAUUCAUGAGAAAGAUUCAGGCAAACAAUGAAAAACUUAGAAAUAUGUUGGAAGAUGCCACCGGAGAACACGAUGACCCAGUAAUGAAAGCAAAGAGGUAUUAUCGCUCGUGUAUGAAUGAAGAAGAAGUUGAGAGAACGACCACACAGCAAAUGUUGGAGCUCAUAAGGAGCCUUGGGUCAUGGGCACUGGACAACGGAACGUGGAGUGAGACUGUAUGGAACUGGAAGACUGCUCUACUAAAGAUUCAAACAACUUUUUUACAUUCUUCGCCUCUGUUUACUAUUGAUGUGUUAACUAACCCAAGGAAUUCAACGAAACAUAUUUUAAAGGUAAGCCCACGACAGCACCACACCAUGUUGAUGCUGCUUGUUGAAAAAUUACGAAAAUUCUAUCUUAGUGAUGAAACAAACGUAAAUUGCCAGGCGUUCAUGAUUUAAUUAUCCGCAAAAAUUUCUCUGAUUACACUUUGACUCAGUGGAAGAACAAAAGGAGAGAAAAACAAACAAUUAUUGUCAUGGAAAGUUUUGUUUUAUUAUUAAUGACUUCACUUGAGAAUAAGUGUUUUAAACCUGUUAAGCUGUUCUGAUUUUAUCCAAAUUUCUAUCAAAAUAAUAUACAUGAAAAAAUUACUCAGUUCUGAUUGGUUAAGAUAAAUGCAGUUUUCGGGUACUUCAAUGCAGAGGAGGGUUAAUUCAGUGCAAAGAAGAACGAGCCACACUGAAAAAUUCCUUGAUCAGUUUAGCCGGACUUUGAAUCUUUUUGCGCCUUAAAGAUGUGAAAAUAUUAUUGUAUACUAUUGUUUUGAUCGUGCGCGGUUGUUUUGACCGAACGCACAAAUAUGAAUAAAUUAUUUUUGAACUUUAUGCGCGCGCUUUGCUUCUGCAUAAUUAUGAUAAGCUAUCUCUUAUUUUUUCAUGUACAUUAUCAAUACGUGAUCACAUUACUUUUCUUGUGCAAUUUGGAAUAAACAAGCGCGAGUAACUUCUUUCAAAGACUACAAAUUGCAUUUUGUUAUUCUUUGAAAAAAUUUACUCGUGCUUAUUUAUUCCAAAUUGAACUCGAAAUCAUGUGAUUACCGAUACCAAUCGCUUGUCUUUGACGUUAUCAGCUAAAGAGGUGCAGUCAUUUUAACACCGACGGACAACGACGUCAUGUUGCCUAUUGACCGAAUCAUACUCUGAAACAGAAAAAUAGGCUUUAGUGACCCUCUUUAUUGAAUGCUUUGUUUUUCUAUCAUUCAGCUCCUUCCCCCAGAGUUAAGUUUGACUCGUGAAGAAUAUCUGUCGAAAAACAGCAAAGUAAGUGUGACAGAUAUACUUAUUUAGAUUAUCUCGCACCAGGAGAACCUUCACAGAAGGCAGCUUUUGAUCAUUUUCCUUGGAAUUAAGCGCCUGGAGGUCUGAGGUUUGAUGAGACUUCAUAUAUCUACCUGAGGUUUAGUCUGUGUAACUUUUUUGUCCACAAUUGCCUUCGUAUGGCACCGUCAGAGCGAUGCCAAAUGCCAGGAGUGUUUCACUAUGUAAAGGACUAAUCAAAAAAUCAAUUAUUUUGAUUUCUAACAAAGUUUAAUUCUUCAACCAGGAUUAUAUUGGAAAACUGGAUUGGAUUGUUGUGCAGUGUUUAGUUGAUCUUUAGCAUGUACAAUGAGUCUGUGUGUUACCAGUAAAAUAUAACUUACCCACAGUGAUCAUUCGUGACGCAUUUUCAUAAUGAGUUCUAAUUGUGAAUAUUUCUCUCGGUUAAGCCAUGGAUGAGCCAAAUGUGUGGUAGUUAUUACAAUUUUGUUACUUGUUUUCGUUCUCCCUUCAGAGGAGGCCUGCAUAUCUCGAGUAUAUGACAACGGCGGCAAUGUUGUUAGGAGGACAGAAUGCCACCACCCGACAGCAAAUGAAUGGGAUUCUUGAAUUUGAAGAACAACUUGCUCGGGUACCGUGUGGACAUGUGACCUUAUGAUUGGCAACAUGCCAUCAUUUUUCAUUCAGUUCUUUUCCACAGUUUAUGUUUUUGAUCUUUAAGUCUCUCGAUUCUCUGGUGAACUAUUGCCAUAACGCAAUCUUGUGUAGAAGAAUACAUGACAGUCCUUUCCACUGUCUGCUAUUUUUUUCCAUUUUCAGAGUAUACCCUCCAAGACGUUCCUCUACGAACAUGAACAUGACACAAUCACAAUACAAGACCUACAAAACCACGCUCCUAAGGUAAAGCAUCAUUGAAUUCUUUGCUUGUUGGCACAAUCCUGCCUCAAAUAUUAAAAUCCUUUGAUAUUCUUGGUCGCCGAAACAUUUGUAAGGGAAAUUACUUACUAUGUGUUCCUUCGAAAACCUUUAUAAUUAAAAUGUUAUCAUUCCUUGGCAUUUAAGUACAUUUUCGUUUUCUCAAUUCCAUCCGUUUUGUUGCGUGGGAGAUGAUGGGGUAAGGGAGGGGAGGUAGAGGUUCCGCGUAGUUCCACUCCAAAUUAUUCUAACUCAUAAACACGAUUUCACUGCAGUUUCAAUGGCUACAACAUUUGAACAACCUGUUCAGCGAGCAUAACACAACGCUAGAUGACUCUGAGGACAUCAUCGUACCUACACUUGAGUAUCUCCAAAACAUGUCAGAAGCUUUACAUACUGCAGAUAGGGAGUAAGUUAGCGCGAUUAUUUUGACAUAAUCUUGUUCUUAUGAUCAUUUGGCUCAUUAUCAUCGAUUGUCUAGACUGUACAAAACGUGUAACAAAGACAUCGUCAAGUUACUUAGUCUGCAAGAGGGUAACUUGUCCCUCAACUCAUGAACCAGAUAAUUUAGUAUAUCUUUUUUAACGAGAGAUUUCAACUUUAAAUUUUACUCCAUCAUGUUUUAUUCUGUAGAACGUUGUCCAACUACUUUAUAUGGACGGUUUUGAGGCGAUUAGUUCCAUUCCUAUCCAAGCCGUUCAGAGAGGUUGAGGCUAAAUACAAAAGGAAAACUUCUCAUAUAAAAGGCGCAGCAGCAAGAUGGCUGACUUGUAUCACUACCACAAACUUUUACCGCGGGCUCACAUUUGCCACUGGAAGCCUGUACAUUGAGAAGGCGUUUGACAGAAAAAUGAUCCCAUUGGUUCGUGCGAAAAAGAAAUUUUGAAUUGAGGUCGUGUUUGAAUAGCAGCGAUGUUUCUUUUAGACUUAACGAUAUGUGGAAAAAAGUUAAGAACAGCAUGGGGAGACAAUAAUUGGUACUAUCCUUAUCGAACCCAGGGAUACUGGACACUAGUUGGGUACUGCUACCAAAUUAGGCACAAAAGUAUAAGUUGGUAACGUGGCAAAAUUUGUUCGGCGCGUUGUUCCCGUAAAGGAAUUGAUUGAUAUUUUGACUUGUUACCUAUUUACGAGAAAAGAAAUGAUCCUUGUGAUCCAUUCGGUUGUAAUUCCUCCCGGGAAAGAAGAACUUACUAAAUUUCCUUUGCUUUUAACAUGUAGCCUGGUAGCUCAGCUGGUAGUAACCCCCAACAAGUGUCUUGAGGGCAUGGGUACAAAUCCCUUCAAACCUUGAAUAUUAUAUGGCUUCUUUUCUUUAAUUUCUAUGAUUGCAGCUUAGCAGCAAAGAUCAUUUCUUUACUUCUAGUGGAUGGAGAAAUUCAAGGGUAGCUGUCUUUCUACAAGGAGAUGAAAAAAAACAACUAGCAGAUAAAAGAUUGAUCACCGAAAAAUAGUUAGAUAUAAUAAAUGGCAAAUCGUGACAGUUAUUGUUUUCCUCAAAGGUUAAGGAGAUGAUGGAAGACGUUCGACAAGCUUUUCGUGAGGAAGUAGGAAACUUGACAUGGAUUGACGACAAGACAAGACCUGCUGUAUACGAGAAGGUAAAACCUGUUAUGUCAUCUGUUAUGUGACAGGUCAACAAAACAUCAACAAAGAAAACAUGACGCACAUUAAUUUCCUAUGGAGAAUUAAAAAUCGAUCUUCUCCUAGCUAGCUAUUCAUUCUGUUAACAUUUUUUUCCACGCAGGAAAAAGCGAUGGUUGAAAAAAUUGGCUACCCUGAAAUGUGCGUGAACAAAACCUUACUUGGAGAGUACUAUCAACAGGCAAGAGACAAAUACGUCAACGUUAAAAUCACAAAAGUUUGCUUUUUUCUAUGGCGAGAUAAAAUUUUUUCUUCGACAGAUUGGCUGUUUUAGGAUGAUAAAAGACUUGAAAAUAAUAGUUUGGCUCCUUUUUUAGCUUGAAGUAGAUGAUAAGAGAUUUUUGCUGAAUGAGGUGAACGUGAGCAAGUGGUACUCGGCCCUAUCCCUCUCCAAACUUAGGAAACCAUCCAUCAGGGGACAGUAAGUGCAAUGAGUUGCUUCUACAUGCAAUAGACACAUGGGGGUUUGCACUUUCUUACGAUUUCACUCGUUUUGGUUCUGAUAAAACAAAACUAUCACGGGCCACAUCACAAUUUACCAGCACCAGGUCUCAAUUUAACCUCGAUUACUACGAUAAAAUGCGCAUGCCCUUUUUUAGUUACUAGUCAAAUGAAAACUAUCCCUGGAGUCCAAAAGGUGACUUUCUUGUGGUAAACUUUACAAAACGGACAGCUUUCCUUUGCGGACACUCAUAUCCUAGGAAAAUAUGCAAUUUAUAGUUUAGUGUAUAUCUAGUGUCCUUGAUUAGUGUAAACUGCGCAACAACAAGUUGACACUUGGAUUAAAUUUCCAUACGUACAGCUUUCAAGGAUUUAUAUACUCAUGCCCAGUUUCCUCAAAGAAAAGCAUAACCUGCGUUUUAGCUCUAUCGAUAACGCGGUUAUUCCCUUGGGUAUAAGCAGUUGACGUCGGUGAAACUACUAAUCCACGUAUGCGUUUUAACGACCUUUCCUCUGAUUUUAUGGCAGAUGGUACAGUGGGCCACAGUCUGUUAAUGCUUACUACCAAAGAGAGAAAAAUGAAAUAAGUAUGUCGCUUAUCCUAAGCUCAGUUUGUAAACGUUGGCUCAGUUGCAAGAAAAACAUCAAGUUUAAACCACUUUUGGUUUUAUCUUAAUUUCAGAUAUUUUGGCAGGAAUCCUUCAGCCGCCAUACUAUAGCGGCCGCUUUGCACCACGGUAUGUAAGGAUAUCGUGAAGUCAAGAUAACUAUGACCUCGGCAUUACGUUAAUACUCCGCUAGCUAAUAACGACAAGUGUGAAGUGAUUGUAUGUUGCUCUAAAAUAAUAGGCUAGAAUAGUUAAUGACGGUUUAUCAAUACAUACACAGGGCGGUUAAUUUUGGUGGCAUCGGAAUAAUCCUUGCUCAUGAACUUACUCAUGGUUUCGACAAUAUAGGUAAGAUGUUUCCUUUUCCAACACCCCAUCGCACUCGGCUGUUUACUCCGGUUUGCUCAUCAAAUUCAGAGCAUUCAUCGUUUAUUCCAGUCCUGUUGAUGCAUGUGAAAUGUCUGAUUGCUUUUGAGAGUGAAAACAGAGCACACUACAGGUCCUUUUGUUGUUUCUCUUCUACAUUGAUCAUAAAGUUUGGCUGUUGAUUUCAAUCUUACGUUUAAUUUCCUUCUCUCAAUAUAUAAUAUUGUAGAAUUUGGAGAUCUCAUCGUCCUAUUUCACUUGUUAGGUCGAAAGUUCAACAAGUACGGUGAGAUCAGUAACACAUGGUGGACUAACUUUACCCUCACUGGAUUCCAAAACAAAUCCCAGUGCUUUGUUGACCAAUACAAUAAAUACCCACUCAAUGUGGGUGGCAGGAAGAUUUUUGUAAGUAUCAUUUAGCAGUUGUUUAUUAACCUCAUAAACUGACAAUAAAGAAAGUAUGGCUGUAAAACGAGUUUGUAAGCUCGACGCCAACUAAAAUAUUUAUUCUCCUCUGUUCCUUGUCCCAGUUCGAACCUAUAUGCUACCAGUAAAAUGGCGGUUAAAGUGACAUCAUUCAUUUAAAAAAGCAUUUCCUCAAAAAUGACUGAAAGCAGUAUUAAAUAACAUCUUGAACAAAUUUGCCGUUUUAAAACUGCUAACAGCCGGCUGAAAUGUUAAGUAUUGGCGUGCACCUCAUCUGUUUCACACUCAUCAGGUGAAUGGUCGACUGACAUUACCUGAAAACAUAGCCGAUAAUGGAGCUCUCAAGAUCGCUUUCAGGGUAAGAAAAAAGUUAUUAUACGAAAAACGAAUUACAACGUAGCAAUGUGAUAUGCAAGCUAUGAUUGAAAUGAUCCGUGUAGUUAAGCUCCCACCCCACCCCUGCUGUAAAUGGUUAUCUCACAUGUCAGAAGCACUUCCCUGAAGCCCGGUUUAAUGGCUUAAGUUCGGUCCAAGCUUGCUAUACGGUUUUGUUUCUUUGGAUUUCUUUAAAGAAGGCAUAAGUGCGAGAUUUCUCCACAGGCUUAUCAAAAUUGGCUGAGAAAACAUGGCAGGGAGGAACUCGUACCCGGUCUGAACAAAUCCAGUGAACAGAUGUUUUUCCUUAGCUACGCCCAGGUAAAGCGACUUAGUUUAAUUACUUGAACAUCCUGCAAAAAACCGAGUAAGUAGUAAACUAGGUAAUAUAUUGCGAAUCAGAAAAGUUUAUAUAAACUAGAAUCGCCCGACAGAAUAAAAUCCAAAGAUUUUAUAGGGGGCCUACCUUGACUCAAUCACUUUUUUUUUGCCCAUAAAAUCUUAGAAACAGGUUUCAAUGGAUCGAGUCUCACUGUUUGUUUGUUUCUAGUUGGUUAAUCUUGCGCACCACAAUUUCCUGAGCACAAUCGGAUUGGUAAAAUGAAGAGAAUUAUACAUGGGCGUACGUAGAUUUGGAAUUUCUCUUCGAGCGUUCAACUCGACUACACGUGAGUGAGCACAGCGAACGAAUGAAGAGAAAUUCCCUAUCUACAGGCAACCAUGUAUUAUUUUGUUUAUUAUAUAAACACAUUAGCCCUAUACUGACAAGAAAAGUCGACUUUAACCAAUGAAAAUAAAAGGAUCGACAAUCCCCGAAUGAAAAUCUUGAAGUGCGUUGGCGCAAAGGCUCAAGAUGAAAAAAUGCGUUGAAUCACUACAAAAACAACCAUGGGCGUAAUUUUCCAUAAAAUUCUCAGUGGUUGGCUUUUUCCUUACCGAAAGAAGAAAUCUUUCAGGUACACAGCCAAAUCGGUCUGUCGCAAAUCGUCCAGUUGUCGAUUUUCGUUCUCAGCCGCGAGAAAUGCCAUCAUUUUUUCGUAUUUUGGUUUUCUUCCCUUUCAUGGAAAGUUUGAACGGCACUGUAAGCAAUACGGAUUUCCCGUGUUUUAAAAGCCAUAAUCCGAGAAAAUUCUGACAAACAGCCAUGGAUUGAGAAUGGUGAAGGUUUUGCCGUUCAUUCAUCUCGCGAAAGGCGAGUGACAUGUCUGCAGCUGAUGGGCGGUAUCAAACACACGUAGAAAAAUAUCGUACUAUAUCAAGUGCAUUGUUACGGCUUUUCUUGGGCUGUAAAAAAUCCUGGUACAAAUUCACAGCAAUUUACAUUAAUCUUCUUAACUAACACUGUUGUUUGUCCUCCGAAUCAAUUUGCAUUGCUCUUAGAUGUGGUGCAGCUCUUUCAGUCCUACGCAGAUCUUCAGAAGAGCUAAAGCUGAUCCGCAUGCCUUACCCAUAUACAGGUAAGCCAAUCACCAGCAAAUAGUUUUGAGUGUUUCUGACAAGCCCACUGACCGAGUAGCCAGCAUUCUGAGAGCACUGAACUCUCCGUGGGAAGUCUAAAACUUGAAUGACUUCGGAGGGGAGUCGCCCAGUCUCUUUCGUGCGCCUUUAAAACCGGUUAGUUUUCUUUUCAGGGUAAAUGGUGUUUUGUCAAAUAUGGAGGAAUUCGCGAAGACGUACAAAUGUCCAAAGGGAAGUGAUUUAAAUCCCGAAAACCGAUGCAGAGUUUGGUAAAACUGCGAAACGAUUCAUAUACCGCCGCAUUAUGAAAAUGAUUGGUAAAUUUCAUUGAUACAACCGGUAAAUAAUUCUGACGUUAAUGACCUCUAAAUGACUUUCACGUGAAUGAAACAAAUCUACUUUAAACUGUUCAGUUUUCAUAGGAAAAUACGCUGGUACUGUGAGUUCGUUCAUGUACUACAGUAGAGCAUGUCUAUACUACAAUGGAACUUUCCGUCAUUUUUUUUUUCGGUUUGCAACUUUCAUUAUAACUUUUAGCCUUGUAAUGAGGUAAAGCCACCUCACUGAGAAUUUAUCUCAGAUAAAUUUUAUGUUUAGUAUUUUGUCAAGAG